AAUUCCAAAUAUCGUGGUCGAGGCAAUGGUGAAACUUCUGGGUUUCAUUGGCUCCAACGAAAAUGAAUCUUCCAGGGAGAUGGUCUCAUAUGAAAACAUCGUUCAGUUUCUCCUUCCAGGCUUUUUGACCAAAGAUGGGGACUUAUCAAUGGCUUAUAUUGAGCUCAGCACCGGAGAGAAACUAUCAAUUCUAUCGAAGGAGCAACAAGACUGUCUCAUCAGCACAAAGGAUGCGCGACUGGUUAAAGCUGGACUCAUGGAUAUGGACGCUCGUCUCAAGGUUGAUGCCUUAAUCAAUCUACACGUAUCGGUUGAAGCAAGGGAGUGUCUGCUUGAGGAACUUUCGAGGCUUUCCGAAUCAAGUGUGAAAAACAUACUUCAGCCCCUAUCCACCUGGGAGCGUCUAUGGAUUUCUGGAUGUUUUCCAAAGAUCGAGGAGCCGGGAACGAGUCCAUUCUUGAAGAGUAUCUGUGAGCUGAAAGAAAACGUAAACGCGCAAUGGCUGUAAAGAUCGGACUCUGGUUAAAGUUCUUGAAACUGUAGAGUGGACCACACUCAGGUACUUUAAUAGGUGACAUUAUCGAAGGUGAAAGGGCCAACGAUUUUAUUGCAGCUUCACUCAUCAGCAACAUGCCGGAGAUUGUGGAGCUCAAAGUGGCAAUGUCCUGUCAGGGAUGUGUUGGUGCAGUGAAGCGAGUCCUUGGCAAGCUGGAAGGAGUGGACAAAUUCGAGAUUGAUCUCAAGGAGCAAAAAGUUUCGGUGACAACGAGCAGCCUCAAGCCGGAACAAGUGCUAGAGGCGGUGUCAAAGAGUGGAAAGGCGACCUCGUACUGGCCGGAGCCUCCAAAGGGAGAUGCAAAUCCCCCAAAAGAAGUAGCCCCAAAAGAAGUGUCUUGAGCAAAGAGUUGAAACUAUUGUAACUACUUUUACUUUGAUUUUUACUUUGUUUCUUGGAUCGAAGGAAUGUUCCUCGGUGUAUUUGGCAUUUCCUUAGAAAAGUAUGUGGCAUUUAUAAUUGAUGGUUGCUUGCCAAGGGAAAGAGUAAGUUUUCUUCUUGUUCGAUGAGGAGAGCUAGCGCCCAGGCGCUGUACAGCAAUCGCACGGCGCGCGCGCUCCAUAAUCUCCCCUCCAGGCGCCGGUCGUCCCGCCUCAAUCGCCAAGCCUUUGUCAUUGCUCUCGUCGCGCUCUUCGUCCUGUGCUCGAUCGGCCUCGUAAUCUGCUGGAGCUUCGUCUUCCCCGACGACGCGACGCGGAUUUCUGGUAGCAAAUCGGGGCCCCGGGUGUCAAGGAUCGCGUUUGGAUCGUCUUCUUCUCACGAUUACAGCGCUCAGCCGGUCUGGGUCCAUGGGAUCAUUCCAAGCGAUCCUCACGCAUGGAUAUGGCUCGGUAAUAUGGCUUACUUGGAUGAAGCUCGAGUGAACUGCGAUGCUUCUCCAAAUCACUACCAGUGCAAUUGCUCGGCAGAUUGGCUGAGACAGCCUCCACAUUUUUGUAUGACAGGUGACUUGGAGCAUGCCGCCAGCAAGAUGCAAGUUCAGCUUGCCAAUCCAGACUAUGCGCAGUUUCUCGCGUUCAUGUGUCCUGGACAUCGAGAAAAAGGCUUGUUUCCUCCUCCCGGUGCUGAUCCAGCAGUGUGCCCGAAAAGGAUAUUUGGAACAUAUAGUGACCACGACUAUGGAUGGAGGCAUGGAAAUAAGCGGCUGCCUCAAAAGGAUGCCUUGAAACAAGUUUUCUUAGAUGCUCUUGGGGAAAGUCUUGACAGCCCUCGGAGGAAUGGUGGUCGUGGAAUAGAAUGGAAGUACACGCUGAAUCAAGAAAGUAAAGGCUAUGAGAUUGAUGUCAUCCUUUUAGACACUCGAUACUAUCGUGAUCCGCUACCAUGCCACACUAAAAGAGCAUUUUGCAAGGACAUUACAAGGACAAAAACUUCUCCUGAGCAUCGUGCAUGGUGUGAGGAUUUUCUCGGAGGAGAGACUGGGAUGGGGAGUUGCUGUGGCAAGGAUAGUCUGUUCUUGAAUGAAUCAGAGCUGCCUAAGUUAUUGUCAAACUCUAACUUCUGCGACGUUCUUGGAAACCAUCAAAGAAAUUGGCUGGAAACCACUUUGCUGCAGUCAAAUUCACCUGUAAAGCUAAUAGUGUCAAGUUCAUCUGUUCUAGCAGCUGAUGACGAGGCUAGCAGCUCUUGUUCUUUAGACAACUGGGACUGCUACACAGCUGCACAGAUGAACCUCCUUGAGCUUCUUACAAAAGCUUCGGGGUGUGUCAUCAUCCUGAGCAGUGGUUUAGAACACUCUCGUAUCCGAGUCUUAAGGCCAGGAUUGCAAGCCCGAUACGGCGGACUCACAUUCCCUCGUGCCCUUUAUGAGGUAGCACUCAGUGGUUUGACAAACACCAGUGACAAGAGUUUGAGUUGUGACGAAGUGGACUGCGGACCAUCUUUCGGUAUGAUUGAGAUUGAAAAUGGAAUGGUUAAACUUCAGAGUCGAGAUGGAAUGUCAGGCCAGGUAAAGCUAGAAUCGGCCUUUCCGCUUGCAACUUGCUAUGCGUGAAGCUUGCCGACGACCUAGCGGACCCUUUUGUCCCUCCAGUUUGUCGAAAUUUGCUAUCGUAGGCACUACUUGUUCUUCUGCUAUCACUUUUUUCUGUCGGUACUUCAGUCACUCAGCGGAACCGUACCUGAUGAUCAGGCAACCAUAAUGCUUCCAUGAAUCGAAAGUGAUUCCCUGGUUUCUGACGAUAUCGUACAAUGUUAUAGUGAAGCUGACGGAGAGAAUGCUUUACGGGAACAUGCUCAGCAUCACGGUCUUAACUGAAAGAUCUGUCUCGGCGGAGUUAGUCCUAUGGCUGGGGGAAGGAUCUGUGCCCGGAGUUGAUCCUGGCAAGAUCAAACAGUAAGAAAGCUCCAAAGCUUUCUCCAAAACUUUCAUAUUGGGACGAUAUGCUAUAUUACUUUGUCUAGUAAACGAGGAUUUGAACGGCUCUUAUAUCCUACAGAGUUUGUCUCUUAUAGAAUCUUCGGUUAAAAGCGAUGGCGAACAGAAACUUGUCAAGGACAUCAGGAAAGAAAGGAGAUUAUUAUUACCUGUAUACUGACUAUGUAUGUGUGCAUGCAGGCAAUGGGAAUGCAGGCGGAAAUGAACAAGCUGGACUGAGGGUCGUCCUGGGUGAGAGAUGACUAUUCUGUUUCCAACGAAGCAAACCGAGUUGUCCAAAGCUAAUUAUAUUCUACGCCACGUCAAGAGGCUUUCUUCUCCGAGUGUCGUAGUUCCAUCGGCGGGCCCUUAUGGAUCGAGCCAUUGCCGAUCAUUUCGACAGACCGUAAGGAACAUAACCAGGGUGGUUUCUAAUGAAAAACCAGAGAUACAUGAAGUAUUGGAGGAGAUUAAUCAAUUUAAGCAAAUUUAAUCUUUUUUAA